UUGUAAACAAACAUGGCUGUCAAUGUCAAAAUUCGUGGGAUCGUUUCUUGGAUCAUCUUUUAAUUAUGUGCAUAAAUGACUAACUUGGUAUUACUGUACCAGUGUUUCAGAAUUUUGUAAUACGUCAAAGGAAGAUAUGGCGGACGAUCCGAAUCGAGACAUUUUGCCUGUGAGGGAAGGCUCCUGCGCGGAUACCUGUCGCAGUAAUAUAGAUCCCAGAGAACGGCAUUUUGUGUAUAAGCUCGAUCGUUACCAGCUGGAAGACAAGUAUUUACGACUGCUCGAAGAAGCAAGCGAAUUGAAGAAACUGUCAAACUGUCAGGAAGACAAGAUCAAACGAUUGGCGACGAAGCUGAUGAGAGUGACUGCCAAUCCAAGAAACUGUACCGUCGCUUUGGACGUUUACGAGGACAAAAAUAAAAUAAUCGCCCUUGAACUCGAAAACUCGAAGCUGAAAGAUAAAAUCUCUGUGUUGAGAAAUCAACUGUUGAGUCAUGCGGUAACAGGUAGAUCGUCAUCGAGGAGCCGCAAUCCCCAAACUAGGCCAUCUUCCGGGCGCAUAACGUGUCGAAGCGAGAACAGCCGCACCAAGAUACCGUCUUGUCACUGCAUCGUCGAGACCGUUAACGACGACUACGAAGCGCGAAGUAAAAUUCAGGAAUUGGAGGCGCAAAAGAAAGAGAUGUCCUGCAGGAUAGCGCAGCUGGAAAAAGAACUGUCCGCGUAUACGGUUACUGCUCGGAGGGAGAAAGUCGCUGAGAAUAUCGAGUACAUAAAAUGCUGGCGACAAAUGAAGCAGCUGAAUGAUAAAUUGAUAGUCGCACGGAACACGAACGAGUCGUUGAAUGCGCAAAUUAACGGUCUAAACAGGAUGCUCGAGGAGACGACCAAGAACAACCAAGAGACUACAAAGGCGCUUUUAGCAGAGAAAAGGCGGUUAUCAGAGAUCGAAAAACAGAUGCUGACGACGAAAGAUUCUCAAUUCUCGUUGAAAGAGAAGGACGAGCAGAUAAAGGACUUGGUGAACGAGCUGAAAAUAUUACAGCAACACAACAGCGAACUUAUAGCACUCAGUUCCAAGAAGGGUGACGUUGAAUCGGAGAACCUAGAACUGAAAAGAACGGUCAACGAGCAGCGUCAUGAUCGGGAAGCUUUAAAAACUGCUUUCAAUGCCGAGCAAACCAACAUCGUAGCUCUGCAAAUCUCGAACGAGCAAUUACUUGAAAAACUUGACGAACUUCAAAAGAACAUGGACAGUUUAAUGGUACAGUUGACGUCUUUUCAAACUCAUUCUCAGACCGAGAAACAGGAAACGUCGAAGGCAACGCAGAUAUCAACGAAGCAGCCCGAUAAAAAACUCUCGACAACGACCGACAGAUACCAGCGAAAGGAAUCCAAUGCCGAUUUGGUAACAACGUGCCGAAAGUGUUGCGAAGAAUCCAAGAAUAUAGUACGAUUGGAAGAGACGAUUUACGUUACUCGAGGACUGCAAGCCUCCAAACCGAUAGACCAAUCCGUGCAAACAGAGUACGCGGUUGAACUGAUCACCGUGAACACAAAAGAUCAAGUGACAUCAGCCAUGACGCCUGGCAUCGAAGAGAAAUCACAGGACGAACCACGAGAAAAGCUCGUCAUCCAGGAGAAAACGGAAAGGACGAUAUCUAAGGAGAAUCCUUUGACGCCAGAGAAGAUGUUGAAGCUUCUGGAACAAGCACAAAUUAAUACACCCCUAGAUGCAGCGAGAUUCGCCUACAAGGAUGUGGCUAACGACGUAGACUAUAACGACAUCCUGGAUCUAAACCAGAGACACAGGCAAGUUGUCUCCCUUGAAAAACUGCUCUUCGAAACGUUUAGUCGAGCGCUCAAAGAAAGUCCAGCAUUCCAACGCGAAUCUCGGCAAGAGAAAAACGAGAAAUACCCAAGUUCCGCUGAUCGUUUGGAGUACCAACCUCCCGAUACCGAUAAAUUCUUGUCUCUUUUAUUUAACGUACUACAAGAAUAUUGUAUCUCGGGUACGAUGCCCGAAGGUGCUAAUUUGUAUCGGCCAACGACAGUCGAGCACCAAUUCUCGAAUGACACGAAUAACAGUAUCGGCGAAAGAAUCGGUCGAGGUUCGAAAAAAUGUUUAAAUGUAGCACUCAAAGAUCAGCACGCCACUAGUAAUUCCUUAAAUAUCGAGGCUUUAAACGAAACCAAGAGAGUUUUAAGGACGACAACCAGUCUAAUAGGAUCCGGUUGUGCUAUAAAGAAAUCCUGCUCGAACAUUAAUAACAAACCACGCCAAGAAAAAAUGAGAAGAAAAAUGUUUCCGAAUGUCAAGUGGCGCAAUCAAAUUACCAGGUUCUCCGAAACUAGAGAUUGUAAUUGCAACGACACGAUACGCUGCAAUUUUAGUUCUGAUUGCGAUUACCGUUGUUGUAACGACGGUCACAGGAAGUCGCACGCUGCAUCUACAGCCGAUAAUCGAAAUUCCCAACGUAAAUUACGAUCGAUGACAAUCAACAACGUUCCAGAAAACGUUCAAACCGAUACGUUCAAUUCUUUCGGUCAUAGUUGCAUACAGGAUGGUCUCGGCACGAUGUACAUAACACGUAAAUUGCUGGACGAAAACGAGGCAGGCCCAUAUAGAUCUUGGGAAAGGAACAAGAGAUUUCCAAAAACGAAGAACGAUUCCGAUGACGAUAAAUCGUUGCGCGAAUACGUGAACCAGUUGAACAAAUGUAGAGAAUUAUUGGACAACGAUUGUUCUUUGAACAACGCAGUUGGCAUUUCAUCAGUAAAGGAAAUAAUAGAUGACGCCAAGAGCCGAAAAGCGGAAUCAUUCUGUAGCGUAAACUGCCCGAACGAGUGCGCCGAUGUUUCCAGUUCCGCGUCCGACUCGUUUCCGUUAGUAAUAACAGAUGGUCAGGGUCUGAUGGAACUUCAUAUCUUAUCUCUGCAACUCUCAACUUCUGCUAAACAGAUCCUUUUUCGAGAGAGUAACCUAGAAAACGUAUCGUUGUUCGUAAGCUGGGACAUAUGGAACCAGGAGACAGCGUACACACCGACGUUAAAAUGUUCCAAGCUGAACUUCAAUUCCUCGUUUGUUUACCGAAUCCCAGAUCUCCAUUCCUUCUUCAAUUACGUUCUCUUGGAGUUUGUCAUGUUUCAAGUGAACGUCUACCACGAGGACAAUGACAGCUACGUGGUAGCUGCGGGAAAGCUGUGUAUCAAGGACAUUCUGGAUUAUCCCCAGAACAAGCUGCACUAUAUCGCUCCGGUGAACGGCGUGAUUCCCUGCUCGCUUGGCACCACUUUUGGACAAUUGUCCCUCUGGGUCAGACUGAGUUGCGACCUCGAGAAGGUGGAGGCUUUCAAGAGAAAACGGAACUUGAACGGUCAACCGGAGUAUCAUCGAGUCAUCGGGGAGAAUGUACCCGAAGCGGUGGAACCACCGUGGAAACAUGACGCGGCCGCGGCCGCGGCCGCGCCCUCGAAAAAUGGCUUGUACGUAUUAAAGGAGGGAGGCGCGGACAAACAUUUGGCUUACGAGUUGUCCAAGGAUGACAUCUUUCUGCAAUCGUCCAUGCCAUUUGAAACAAGUAAAGGUGAACAGAGUGUAUUCGGUAAAUUGGCUGUAAACGGCGAUAGCGAAUCGGCUGGGGCUGAUGACGACAUUUUGACCGUAAUGAAGGUGACCGAUACGGAUCUUCGUCUAUCGAAUCCUUACGAACAAUCGAUGAAAGCAGAACAAGUACUUGAAAAUGAUCCUGAUAUCCUGGAUGAUCGGCACCGGUAUCGGCAUCAUCAUCGAUUACAAGAAAAAGAGCAGCCCGAGCCACCGAUCAACGAUGUAAACAAAGAAACGGAAACACGAGCAGAGUCAUUGAGUAUAGCAGAGUUCAACGCCGAUAUCGCUAACAACGUACGCGAUAGGUUGCUGACGCAGAAUAAUUCGAACGAGUCGUUCCAGGAAGUUACCAACGUUUUCUCGCAGAAAAAUUGGGACAAGUACAAACGGAAAAGCAUACUCGCGUUCACCACCGCAUUCAGGCCCAAUAGUAAGGAGAACCAGAACAAUUACGACAGCGAGACUUCCAACGACGGCUCUAUCGAAAAAGACACGAUCGCCAUCGAAAUCGUCAAUAUUAUUCUGUUCCCGAAAAGUUUUGUGAUGGAGGACGAGGAUAUACAGCUGCUUUACGUCGAAUUUUCCUUUCUUGGGUACUGCGGCUCCGAUAUGGAAACGAUCUCGGUGCAGAAACCCACGUCGCCCGACCAAAAACUGACGUUCAAUUUUCGAAAAAAAUUUCAAGUAGACGAAAAACGUCACGCGGUGCAAGAUAACAUUUUGCGAGCGAUGCUCAACGAGUCCACUAACCCGAGCAUAAGAUUUAUCGUAGUUUCCGAACCCCUUCCUGAGGAGGAUGACACGAAAGAAUGCGUAGAAAUCGGGUACGCCAAUUUCAAUCUAAGAGAGUACGCGCUAGGAGACAGUGAAAAGAUAGUAACGCUGCCUAUAUACGGUAUAAAGGAGAAGGAGAAAAUUGGUCUAUUGAAGAUCUCCGUAAUUGGUCUCGAUACGAUACGGCAGCGUUUGGGAAAACGUCAGUCUAGUUUAUAAAGAAAUGAUCGGAAACGAUAUGCUUGUAAAACGGUGAAAAAUUAUUUGUGCGUGUAACGUUCGACGAAAAGU